AGCAUCCACACUGCAGGCAGUACGCAUACAACUCGGUGACACAACCUCAAGGGAAACCGUUGCUAUAUUAUAUAUAUCACACUGCUCUCUUCUCCUUUUUCUUCUGUCUUCCAACAACAGCGAUUUCCACUUUACUUUAUUCUCUUUGUUUUUCUUUUCAAGUGCUUUCCACUUUGGUUGUGUCUCUUUGCGGAAUACUUGACGCUUUCUUUUACCGUAGAAAGGGAAGAAAAGCCCAGCUCAUUGUUUCGCUGCUUUCGCGACCCAAUUUUUUUUUCUUUGUCGUGCUUCACUUCUGGCUUCUGAAGCGUACACACCCAUUAACUGGCUCUAAAGAAAAGCACGGAGAGGAGCAACGCUUUGGGUCCUGCUCAAGCACCUUUCUCGCCUAGGCAGACUCGAUAGCUGUUUUACAGUUUCUUUUUUUAUUUACUCCUGCGCCGUUGUUUGUCCCUUGUCUCAAAAGAGCGUCUCUUUCUUUGUGAGUCUGAUCAUUUUGUUGUUUUCAUGCAAGUCAGGAAGCUGCCAAGACUUCAAGGUUCAUUGUUAUUUUACUUUUAAGAAGGUAUAGUUCUCCGUCGAGCUUGUAUCUAUCUAUCUGCAUAUAUCUGGUCGUACGGGGCUGUUGAACGUACUCGACCACAUCGUUAUCAUUGUAGUGGAAUUGUGCUAGCUGCUUUCCGCCUAUCUCGGUUUUUUUUUCUUCCUGCUUAUCUCCUCGGCUUUCAAACAAACAAACAAGCAAACAAGCAAAAAAUCAUGUCCAUUGAAUUAGAGGCUCAGGCCUUCGACAAACUGUGCGAGCGGCUGAUUCGCGAGCACGGCGGCAAUCGCGAGCUGGAGAGCGCCGUUAUCGAGCUAGAAGUCGCCCACAAGAAGCACAUCAACACGGUGAAGCGCGAGUUCAACGCGAACCUCGACGCGAUCGAAAAGAGCACCAAGGAGGAAAACGAGCGGCGCGCGCGCAACGCGGAGGAGGACGCGAAGUUCUACGCUGAGAGUCUCGCCCGCGUGAAGGCCGACUGCGACCGCCAGCUGGCUCAGGCGAGUGAGACGUACAAGCGUGACCUGGAGCGGGUGAAGUCUGCGUACGGCAGCCUCCUCGAGGACGGCAAGCGACGCACCUCGGUCGUCACCCAAAUCCACGAGGACCACGCGAGGGAGCUGAAGCGGGCCAAGGACGAGAGCGACCGGAUCAUCGGCAACAAGGAGAAGGAGAUUGCACGACUGAACCGCCGGCUGGACGACGAGAGCCUCGCCGCACGUGAGACACUCGACGAGGCGGACGCCCAGCGGCGUGCGCUGGAGGAUGAAAAUGCGACGCUGCGAACGAAGCUGCAGGACAGCGAGGUGGCACGCGAAAAGGUAGCGGCGCAGCACCACUCAGAAAUGCAGCGCCUCCUGGAGCAACAGGAGAGCAUCAUCCGUACCAGCACGAACCUGCUGAACCAGUUCCAGAACAAAUCGGCCGAUCUCGAGCUGGAGCUGUCGAAGGUGCGGGCGCUGAUGUUCGAUCAGGAUUAUCAGAUCUUCCGUGCAAAACUGCGCGAGGAGGCGUUUAAGAACGGCGCGUCGGACGUGACGAAGGAAAUGGAGAUGCUCGAUGCGCGGAAGGAGCGCGAGCGGGUGGCGCUGGCAGACGUGUUAGCCCGCGCCACAAAGGCGAAGGAGGAUCAACAGGAGACGCUUCGGCAGUAUCAGCGGGACCUCGAUGCGGAGAUGGCGAAGCUGCGCGCGGCACAAAAGCUGAAGGAGGCGAAAGGCGCCAACUUCGUAGUGCAACUGCCCUGCGGCACACCGGUGAAGUUUAAGACGCAAGCAGGACAGGAGAAGGAGCCCAAAAUCAACGCCAAUAUCGAUGUGAAAACGAAGACCAACAGAAGUGGAAGCGACGCGCGUGAUGCUCCUCCUCCUCCUCGAAAAAACAGUAAUAAUAAUAAUAACAAAGCGUAG